UAGAAAUGGGAGGGUGCAGCUGAAGGAACUCAGUCAAGAUCUAUAUCAAAGAAACUACUAUUGUGUGUCAACCAGAGGAAAUUUGUACGGAAAUAUCAGAGGAAACACAAUGGCGAUUGAUUUUUGAAAGCGCUUGUGGAGAUAAAAUCGAAGAGAAUAACCUAAAGUUACUCAAGUUAGAGCCGAGUAUCGGAAUCCUUGGAGUAUUAGAUUUGGUAUUCGACUUCCUCAACUUUGAAGACCUCCAGAUAUGACAAGGGGUAUGACGAUUCUUUUGACAAGUUGCUUGUCUCGAUAAACUAUGACAUAAGUACUAUAACAGUCGGAAUUUGCAGUUGCAAGUCCUAUCUCCAUCCCAAAAACUAUUGUCGGUAAAUAUAGGAUCACCACCAGAGAAAACAAACGCAGAGGCUAAGAGGGUUCAUAGGAAAAGACCGGCACCAAUACGCCACCAUUCCCAAAAUGGAUCAGGAUCACCCGAGAGUCCUAUGAAGCGGAUUUCAAUAACUCCAGUAGAGACAAUCAUACAGCAGAAAAUUGCACACAAGCUUGAGAAACUCGAAUGAAUGCUGGACCCUAUCCAGGAAGAUUAUGAACAAGAUGCCUUGAUGAGUGCCCAGACCCCGAACUGCAAAGAAAAGGAAAAUCUUACCUUCAACAAAAGUGAAGAAUCCUUCUCCUCUGAAGAUUUCUCAUCAGUAAAGUCAUCUACACUGUCUGAAGGAACGGAUUCUUCUCAUGAAAUGUUUGGGAAUCGAAAAUUUUGAGUUAAGAAUAAGGACUUGAGCGUGGACAAGACUUCUAAUACAAGUGGAUACUGCAAAUCACCUGCUCUUCCAGUUGCCAAAAAGGUUUACAUAAAGAUGAAUCAUACUAAGAAGAAUUUAAAAAGGCCUACUCUUGCAAAGACAAUGACUUUCAAUGAGCAUAUGAACGAGAUUUACUCAGAUAACAGCCACUAUGAAAAAUGUUUGGUGACUAUAGAUUCACAGGAUUUGUCUCAAGAAAACUGUCAUAGCAUAGCAAAUCCAUCAUCGAAAAUGAUUACUAUGUAUAAGAAGAGGAACUCUCUAGCCUUGAGGCAUGCGAAUCCAUUCAAAAAGGAUAUGGAAGCUAUUGGGUUCAUCAAACAUCAAGCAGGAAGAAUGCUCAUUAGAAAGGAUCUUCAGAGUAUUGAAGAAUGAGUGGAUGAAUCACCUGAUUUAGUACAACCCAAAAAGCUUCCAAGUUUCAGGAAAAGAAAUACAUUGAUGGGACCAAAGGUCGCAUCAGCUUUUUUUAAAUCUCCAGCAGUAGCUCCUAUUGCUGGCGCUAAAGAGGAUAAGAAUAGCUAAUAUUUAGCAUGAAUUUGAGAAUAAUCUGUGUUUUUA